GGACGGUAUCACUUGAGUUAUUGUAUAAUGCUGUGAGGAAACCCAUGUAAAUGUCAUCAUUGGGAUAGUUUCGAAUCCUUCGAGCUGUUCUUCACAUUCCAGCUUCGGCUUUAUAUCGAAAUGAUUCAUGUGAGGAUUGGAAAUCUAGUCGGAGUGAUAUUCCUCCAUGACCCAUGUCUCUGAAGCCAAAGUCUCCGAGAGCAUCUUAUAUGCCCGAACUCGACUUCCAAUAUUAUCAAAGCUGUACUACCUAUUAAUAAUCCAAGCCAUUUAUUGCCUAGUCGUCACCUCAAUAAUCCUUCAGAAUGCCAUCUAUUCUAUCAAUUAUUUGGAACAACAAGUUCAACCUUCCUCCCCUUCCACCACCCAAUACCUUUUUAGGAAAAUCUGUUUUGAUUACUGGUGCAACAUCGGGAAUAGGUUAUGCAACUGCGGUACAUUUUGUCAAUCUGGGUGCAAAAUCUGUGAUCAUAACUGGAAGAUCGCUUACGAAAGGGGAACUUGCAAAGGCUAGAAUAGAAGAUGAGACGAGCACGAUAGGAAAAAACAUUGUAAGAUGUAUGGAAUUAGAUAUGAGUACCUUUGAAACUAUAAAUGAGUUCGCAGGGAAAGUAACAAGGGAUAUUCAAGAGAUCGACUUCGUUUAUUUGAAUGCUGGAGCUAUUUCCACUAAACACAGAUUGGGCAAGGAAGGAUAUGAAAGCAUGAUCGAGAUAAGCGUUCUUGGAACUUCUUUCUUGGCGUUACUACUACUGCCUUGGAUGAAAGAGGUUGGAAGAGGGAAUGCUCAUUUGGGAAUUGUAACAAGUGGACUUCAUAGGAACAUUGGCAUUUCCGAUUGGCCAAAAAAUAAUGUGCUCAAAUAUUGGAGCACGAAGGAGAACUGGAAGGGCGGGCAGAGUAAUUAUGCUCUAACCAAAUUGCUCCAACAGUACGCGGUCAAUGAAAUUGCCAAGUUAGCAUUGAGCACCGAUGGAAAGCCUAAGGUGAUUGUGAACUCAAUUUGUCCAGGAAUGGUAAAAUCAGACCUUGGACGAGAGUACAAUACCGGUGCAGUAAUAGGUAUAAUGAUCAAUUUGUGGAUGAGUCUUGCUUGCAAGACUACUGAGGGUGGUGCCCGAACUUACGUCCUUGCGGCUCUCACCCCUCCAUCGGAACAUGGCGCACAUUACACGAAUUAUGAGACGGAGGAAAAUUAUAAGAAUUCUGUUGGUCAUAACAUCUUCGGAGACGAGGGCCAAAACAUGCAGGCGCAAGUUUGGAAAGAGGUAUUGAAAAUUGUGGACGAAAAGUAUUCGGCCGCGGUUGAGAGAGCUAAUAGUUGAGCUUGUUCGAGAUAUAAUUGAGAGGGGGGUUUCCAUCCUAUCUUGUACCGGUGGGUGUAUCGAUGUAUGGUGAUUUUGUGGGAGUUUGCUGGAAAUAGGUUUAACGCUCCAAUUGACUUCGGUAUCCUAGCUGUAGCGAACCUUGAAGUCUUGCACAUGUAAAUUCGAGAGGCCAUUGGCUACAAAUACUGCCAAUGUUCUGUCCAUUUGUUUCACCCCAUGGGCUUGGAUCAUGUGAGUCAACGAGGUAUGCCCUAUCAACCGAGCCAUACACUUAAUCAAAACA